AGUAAAUAAAACCCUGUAACUACCUACUUGUUUUUAAACUUUGAAUAACUUUUAUGAGGAUUAGAUAAAAUUAUUAUACAAUUCCGAUAAAAUAGUUAUUACAGGUAUUUAUAGUAAAAACUUAAAAAGUAACUUAAGCUUGAAUAUGACCGCAAAAACAUGCGACGAGUUACAAAAAAGUUAAUAAUCUUAGUUGUAGGUUUAAUUCUUAUUGGUCUUUAUUGUGAGUUUCUUGUUUACUAUCUGGUAAUUUUACAGUGUGGUUGGCCACAGUUAAAAGCAGGUGAAGAAAAUGUGCUUAAAACUUUCAUUCUAGCCGAUACUCAUUUACUUGGUCCCUACAGGGGACAUUGGUUAGACAAAUGGAGACGAGAAUGGCAAAUGCACCAGGCUUUUCAAGCAAUAAUAAAAUUACAUAGUCCUGAAGUUGUUUUCAUCUUAGGUGAUCUCUUUGAUGAAGGAGAGUGGACAGAUGAACAGCAAUUUAAUGAAUAUGUGGACCGCUUCCACAAAUUGUUUUUAUUACCAGAUAGUAUCAAGAUGUUUGUUGUUGUAGGAAAUCAUGACAUUGGAUUUCAUAACAUGAUAAGACAAGAUGUUGCUCUUAGAUUUUCAAAGCUUCUAAAGGCGCCAUCUGUGCAACAUUUAAUAUUGAAAGGAAAUCAUUUCAUUCUUCUAAACUCAAUGGCACUGCAGGGUGACUCUUGCAGGUUGUGCACUGGAGCCAGACGACAGAUUGAAAAAGUUUCAGGAAAGUUAUCAAAAUGUUCCGAGGAUACAAAUCAGUGUUAUAAUGACAAUCUAACGUUUAAUUACAGCCAACCCAUACUUAUGCAGCAUUUUCCAUUAUACAGAGUGUCAGAUGCCAUUUGUACAGAACCUGAUGCUCCGCCUCUUCCAGCAAGAAACAAAUUAUUUAGAAUAAAACUUGACGCUUUAUCUAAGGAAUCAACUCAAUAUAUUGUUUCAAAAAUCAGACCUAGAGUUGUAUUUGGUGGUCAUACGCAUCAUGGAUGCUUGGUUCACCACAACUAUGAUGAUUUGGACGGAUUGAAGUUUCUAGAAUAUUCAGUGCCUUCGUUUUCAUGGCGGAAUAGGCCAGAUCCAAAAUACAUGUUGGUAAGCAUAUCGCCUACCGAAUAUGCUGUUAACAAAUGUGGUCUUCCAACAGAAAUUACGAUCAUUUUAUCAGCAGUUAUAAUGAUAUGCAUUCUUAUUGUAAAUGUUAUAAGAAAGGGGACCGUUGGUAGAUGAUUUUUAAGAAAUAAAAUGCCAUUUUUUAAACCUCAAGG